AUGCAGCACGGUGGAGUUUUUGUACGCGCGAUCAUGCCGGCUUCUUAUCGAGAAGCCCGAAUACUGGUCCACAGGGCAUUGAGGACUAGGCCGGAGUCUUCGACCGCCGCCUACAGAUAUGAUACAGCGGAGCUGAGAGAACGGAGACUUUUGAGUGGUGUGAGAUGGAAUGGCUGGUGGAGGCUUGAGAAGGCGGACGACAAGGCCUUGGCAUGGGACCCUGGCGAGUAUACCGAGGCGUUUCGCCAAUGGUUAGUUGCAGAGCAAUAUAUGAGGCAAAAGAAUCUCACUAGGAAUGAUCACCAACAAUAG